CAAUGACAGAAGUUUUCUUUUUUUUUCGUAAUUCGGAAGAUUAUUAAACCUUUGCUAAUUACACCGUGCUUUGUUUUUUGAGGUGUUCUUUAAUAUUCAUAAUAUUCUUUUGCCUUCAGUCAAAUGAACGAAAUGACGGAAAAUUCUUUGAGUAAUAAGACUUGACUUGGGCAGGUGCCAUGGAUGGCUAUGAUUAACAAUACGCUAGGGGGCAAUCACAGCGUUCGUAAUAUUCUGUUGCUUUAAGUCAAACUAACAAAAUGAUGAAAAUUAUCUGAGUGAAAAGAUUUGACUGAGACAGGUGUCAUGAAUUGCUAUGAUUGAAAAUGCUGUUGAAACAAAACAGUUUUGUGUUUUUCCGCUGUGUUUACCAAAUUGCUUUUCAAUAGCUCGGUCCUAUAUUCCUUUUUACUUUUCCUUUAUGCGAUGUUCAAAAACCUCGUUCUUGUGAAAUUGCUGACGGAACUUCUUCAAGGAAUAAGCGCUUCGUUUCAUCCGACAACGGCCAACAAUCGUGUUUUAGUCGGCCAUGUUUUUCAACAGUUACACGCCAAGGACUGGUUCAACUGUAUUCAGGCCUGCCACGAUGACGCAAGAUGCAUUUCGUACAAUUAUGAUAAAUCAGCGGGACAAAAUGGCCUGUGUGAAUUAAACAACGCUGGACUUGAUGACUUGUGCAACGAAGAUAAGUCUCUUGUUUACUCCAUGGGAUUUGUGUUUCAGCAGCUAAGAGAAGAGAAGUGUCACAAGAGCUGCAAAGAAAUCCAACAUUACGAUUCUAACACAGUGAGUGGCUUGUACAAGAUCCGUCCAUUGCAGAAUGCUGAACCCAUUGAGGUUUACUGCGAACUAGAAACUGAAGGAGGUGGCUUUACUUUCCUUCCUGGAAGCCUCACUCUAAGAUCAGAUGUUCAGCAGAUCAUCAAUGCCCUUUUUAAGGACAGGAAAAACGUUUUGCUAAUGCUGCGGAAACAAGUCGACUGGACCGAGUCUUACACUCUGAUCCAGCCCCAUCCCAAUUUCGUCAACACUGAUUUUGGAGUUUUGAUCAAUAGCUACUCUGGAUACACUGCACCAGAGAACAAAUUCAUGAGAAAUUACAUCUUCCUUGGCAUCAUUCCAGCAUCAGCAGCAAAAAGUAAAAGAAACCAAGGCUUCAGAUCCAACGGAAACGUUAUCCAGUUUUACAACUGCGAUGCAAAUCCAAACAGCCUUUUUGCGUUCAUGCCAAAUUUUUAUCUUCAAUCUCCAAGCAGCUAUGCUUCGCAUUCAAGUUACGAAGACAAAGGCCUCGCAGUGAACUGGUGCUCAAAGGGUAUUUCCAUCACAUAUCGUGAUCGCAUGCCUAACAAAUUCUACUUCUUGACGGAGCUCCAUUUUGGAGGCUGUGGCUGUUACACCUCCAGCAACCGCUGGAAGGAUGGCUUUAACGCUGCCGCCAUUGGUAUUCGCUGAGAACUUACUAACUUUCCCUUCCAGCUUGAUGAUGAACGAGCUGAAAACUGAUGGUUUAAUUCAAAAGUAAUUUUUCGGUGGUUGUUAUAACCAGUGAAUUUGCUUCUGCGCCUUAGCCAGAUAAGGAUCGUAGGGGCCAUACACGCCAAUCAAAAAUACUUUGACCCCGGUAGGAUUCCAACUAACGACCUCCGGAUUAGAUCACCAUUGUUCCAACAGACUGAGCGACGAGACCAGAUGGACGCAGGCCCGGCGAAGUAGCUUAGUAGUCCGCCCAGUC